UUCUGAAUAUGUGAUCAUAUACUUAUAUAUAUACAUUGAUACAUACAUAUACGCAACUACUCUACUUGGUUCUAAAAUUUAAUUGAAACCUAAAAACAAAACUUAAUAAAAUACGAAUAUAAAUGCUUCUUUCUCAUUAAUAAAGUACAAGUUAUAGAUUCCAUGGCAUUUCCACUGAACGAUCAGAUUUAUACAAAAUCUUUUACACCUAGAGAAUAUCAAGUAGAGCUAUUCUAUGCUGCUAGAAAUAAGAAUAUCAUUGUUUGCCUAGGAAAAACUUAUGAACAAACUUUCAUUGUUAUUAAAUUAAUUCAAGAAUUUGCUGCGAACAAUAGAAGGUUACUAAGUGAAGGAGGAAAACGAUCAUUAUAUAUAUUAACAGAUGAAGAAAAAUGUACAAUAAAAUCAAGUUACAUACAACAGUUAACAGAUUUAAAAGUAUUACUAUGCAGUACUUGUUCAUCCAGUGAAUUUGAAGAAACAUUUGAAACUUCUCAUGUGUUAGUUUUAACAUCAGAAACAUGUACAGAAUUAUUAGCAGAAAAAAAGAUCUUACCCCAUCAGAUAAAUCUAGUCAUAGUUGAUGAGUGCCAUAAAUUUAUAAACGAUAAGAAAUUAAAAUUUAUUUUACAAACUUUUCUAUCUUGUUCCAAUGUUCCUAGAAUUAUUGGAUUAGCUGUACCAUUAUUUAAUUUAACACAAGAAGCUGGAAGACUAGGAUUAGAAAUAGAAAAGGUAGAAGCUACAUUUAAAUGUGAAGUCGAAACAGCUAGUGAUAUAUUAUCUAUAUUAAGGUAUAGUCCUAAGGCUAAAGAAUAUGUAGUGGAAUAUUCCAAUGGUGAAAAAGGAGAAUUGCACAGUACUAUUAGAAAUUAUAUAUUACAUGCCAUUGAAUUUUUACGCGACCAUCGUCAUGACCCAACAGAAAUUUAUAACGAAGAAUUUUACGAGGAUAUUCAGAAAAUACCUGAUCCUACAGAAAAACCUUUUGAAAUGAUGCAAGACUUUUUGCACAUAUUAGAAACUCUUGGACCAUGGUGCGCAGACCGUGCCGCGCUUGCUCUUUUAAUCUUAACCGAAAAAUUGAAAAUAAAAACCCCAUAUGAAAGGCAUUAUUUAUUAUUAAACAUGGUUGCGUCAGUUUUUAUUAAAAUAAGAGCACUGUGCGAUAACGCAUUCGAAGCUUUAUCUGAAAAAGAGAGGAUAUAUAAAUACACUACACCGAAAGUUCAUAGAUUACUACAAAUUUUGAAAACGUAUACACCGUAUUACACCAAGGAUAACAAUAAUUCUCAUAAUAAAAUAAAUGGCGAAAAUAGUUCUCAGAGAUUAACUGUAAAUAAUAGAGAAAAUUCUAUUAGGGAUAAAUUUAAUCAAACUAAGAAAGCUAAUGAAGAGAAUCAUAAGAAACCAUUUAAAUUUCAACGACAUAUGCGCGGAGCUACAGAUCCGGAUUUACUUUGCGGAGUAAUUUUUGUAGAUAAAGGAUUUGUAGCAAAAGUUCUGUUUUAUUUAUUGAACGAAAUAUCUGCGCACGAUGAAGAUUUAGAAUUUUUAUCGCCUCUUUACACGAUUGAAAGAAAUACUGAUGAUGUUAGUUAUUCAAAAGAUUUAGAAAUAGAGCAUAAAAAGCAGGAAGAAGUUUUGAAAAAAUUUAGAAUACACGAAUGUAAUUUAUUGAUUUCAACUUCAAUUUUAGAAGAAGGUAUAGAUAUUCCGAAAUGUAACUUUGUAAUGAGAUACGAUUUUCCAAAAACUUACCAAUCCUAUGUACAGUGUAAAAGUCGAGCUAGAGCAAUAGAUGCCUUACACGUAUUAUUAGUACCAAAAGAAACGUCAAAGGAGUGCAUAUGGCAAUUAGCACAAUAUCAUUAUAUAGAAAAGACUUUGUUAAUAAAAUGUUCUAAUAACGAACCAUCUGAAGAAGAAGAAAAUGAAGCAGACAUGUACGCUGCUAUGAUACCACACUAUAAACCACUCAGUGGAGAUGAUGCACCUAAAGUAACGUUUAAUUCUGCUAUAUCAUUGGUAAACAGGUACUGUGCUAAAUUACCUAGCGAUACUUUUACAAGAUUAACUCCAGAGUGGUCUAUCGAACCGGUGAUUGUAGACAAUAUGCCUAUGUACAUUUGUUCUUUGCGUUUACCUAUAAAUUCUCCAGUAAAGUAUGCAGUAUCGUCAUAUCCUAUGCCUAAUAGAGCUAUGGCAAGACGUAUGGCUGCUUUGCAGUUAUGCAUUGAUUUACACAGAAAAAAUGAAAUAGAUGAUAAUUUAUUACCUAUUGGAAAGGAAAAUUUCAAAGCUAAACCAGAAGAUGCCGAAGUACCUGCUUUACCAGAUGAAAUUAAAAUAGACUUCUCUGAAGCUCGACCUGGAACAACUAAACGUAGACAAUAUUAUUAUAAAAAGACAGCAAACGCAUUAACAGACUGUAGACCAAUAGUUGGAGUUCCUUCUUAUCUGUAUCAUAUUAACAUGGUUCUAAGUUGUCCCUUACCUGAAGAGCAGAAUACUAGAGGUCGACGAAUAUAUCCUCCUGAAGAAUCAGCUAUUGGUUUUGGAAUAAUAACACUGAAAGAAAUCCCUAAAUUAUGCCCAUUUCCAAUUUAUACUAGAUCUGGAGAAGUUCAUGUAAAAUUGAAACUCAGUAAAAACAUUGUUGUUUUGAAUGAAACACAAAUAGAGAAAAUUGCCACUUUCCUUAAUUAUACUUUUACAAAUGUACUACGAUUACAGCAAUAUUUAAUGCUAUUCGAUCCUAAUGCUUCUGAAAACUCAUAUAUGAUUGUACCUGUAAAAUUAGACACGGAUUCUGAUGUCACUGUGGACUGGGAGUUUUUAGAAUGUAUAUAUAAUAAUCGAACUACAGUGCCAACUAAGGUUCCCGAAGAGGAAAGAAAAGAUUUUAAAUUUGAUGCAUUAAAGUAUCAUGAUGCAGUAAUUAUGCCUUGGUAUAGGAAUCAGGACCAACCUCAGUAUUUUUAUGUUGCUGAAAUUUGUACAAAUUUAAAUCCCAAGUCUUCUUUUCCUGGCCACGAUUAUAGUACUUUUGAAGAGUACUAUUUUAAGAAAUAUGGAAUACAAAUACAAAAUUUGGAUCAACCUUUGUUAGAUGUAGAUCAUACAUCAGCUAGAUUAAACUUUUUAACACCGAGAUAUGUUAAUCGGAAAGGCGUUGCUUUGCCUACAAGUAGCGAAGAAACGAAACGAGCAAAACGAGAAAAUUUAGAACAAAAGCAAAUUCUUGUUGCUGAAUUAUGUGCUAUUCAUCCUUUUCCAGCAUCAUUGUGGAGACAAGCAGUUUGUCUACCUUGUAUUUUAUAUAGAAUUAAUGCCUUGUUACUUGCUAAUCAAAUACGAUGUCAAGUUGCACAAAUGAUAAAUUUAGGACAAGAAAAUUUAGCUUCCGAUUUUGAAUGGCCAGCAUUAGAUUUUGGAUGGAGUUUAGCUGAAGUUUUAAAAAAAUCCAAAGAAUCUGAAAAAGCAAAAAUGGCUAAAAAUGAAACUACUCAACUGAAUUCAGCAAACAACACAAUAGACAACAAAUAUCAAAAUGAAUCUGAGAAAAAGAUAAAUAAUUUAAACAAGCUUGACAUGGAAGAUUUAAAUGAAAAAGAAUACGAAAUGGAAAAUGAUAAUAUGACAGAAAAAGAGCUAGAAAUAUCAAAUGACGAAGACGAAUUAGAAAUUGGCACUUGGUCGAAUGACAUGGCGAUGAAUACUAUUGAUUGCGAAACAAAUGACUUAAAGUCAUUUCCUGUAACUGUUUUACCAAAUAAUUUUAACUGGAGCGAUGUUCGAUACGGUUCCCCUGCGUGUGAAUCAGAUUAUGAUGGAUAUGUAUCGGAUGAUAUCUAUAGUGAUGGAUUUGUAGAUAGUUCAGAUGAGAGUGAAGAUGAAAACAGAGGCUUACGCAUUUCUUAUAUGGGAGAAAAUGUUGCAGAGGCUGUAGAGGACGAGAAACAGAUAUCUAAACAAGAAAUUAAUAAAAAGAUUUUGGAUUUAUUAGAGACUGAAAAGAAUUUAGAUACUUUAUGGUCAUAUACAGACGAGCAGGAAGAAUCUUUAAUAGCAAAACACAGACAAACUCACUAUGAAUUUACUAAAAUAAGGGAAUGUGAAAUAAUGGAAAAUGGAUCUUUCAUAUCCUGUGAUAAAGAGAUUGUAAUUAAAAGAAAGAAUUCAUUUAAUUCACAGCUUGAAGACAAUUCGUCAGAUCAUAAAUACAAAGUUCAUGUACAAAGUAUUGUUAACCUGUUCACCACAGAAGUAUUAGAUAAUAACAACAUCUCGCAACUAAUAAAACAGAAAUCAAAUAAUUCCAAAUUCACAUAUCACCCGAGUAAUAACCUCUUUAGUUUUGAUUUUCAACCAGAAUUAGAAAAUCAUCCAGGACCAAGUCCCAGUUUAAUCUUGCAAGCUUUAACGAUGUCCAAUGCAAAUGACGGCAUUAAUUUAGAACGAUUAGAAACUAUUGGAGAUUCUUUUUUAAAAUAUGCUAUAACUACUUAUUUGUAUUGUACUUAUGAUAAUAUACACGAAGGGAAACUGAGUCAUUUAAGAUCCAAACAGGUGAGCAAUUUGAAUUUAUACAGACUAGGAAGACAAAAAAUGUUAGGCGAGAGUAUGAUAGCAACAAAAUUUGAACCCCAUGAUAACUGGUUACCACCUUGUUACUAUGUUCCAAAGGAACUUGAACAAGCACUAAUUGAAUCUGGUAUACCUUCUACCUUAUGGAACCAAGCCGACAUUCCAACUUUGCAAGCUGUAAAUCCAAACGAAAUCACUCAGCUUGUUAGAGAAACAGAACAAAAAUUGGGUAUCAUGAAAGAUGAACUUGUUCGGAAUGAAGCUAUGCUUUCAAACAGUCUAGAUAACUUGCGUUGUUUCAUACCAUACAAUUUGAUUACUCAACAUAGCAUUCCUGAUAAAAGUAUCGCAGAUUGUGUGGAGGCAUUAAUUGGAGCCUACUUGAUUGCCUGUGGUCCUAGAGGUGCAUUAUUGUUUAUGGCUUGGUUAGGGAUUCAUGUAUUACCUGUGGAGGAAGUUGGCAUUGUACAAGAAACUGAACCAGAAGAAAGAAUUCCUGGUAGUACGCCAUAUGUAAAAGGAACGAAUGAGAAGGGUGAAACAACGUGGGCACAGAUUCGUUACGGAAAAUUGGAAGAACCACAGAAUCCCUUACUUCGAUACAUCCCUGAUCCAGAACAAGAGUUGCAAAUGAUGCUCGAUGGAUAUGAAGAAUUAGAAAAAAAUAUAGGAUAUAAAUUUAACGAUAUUAGUUACUUGUUGCAAGCAUUUACUCAUGCAUCAUAUCAACCUAAUAAAUUGACAGACUGUUAUCAACGGUUAGAAUUUCUUGGAGAUGCAGUUUUAGAUUAUUUAAUAACAAGGCAUUUAUAUGAAGAUGCUCGACAACAUUCUCCAGGUGCUUUGACAGAUCUACGAUCAGCUUUAGUUAAUAAUACUAUAUUCGCUUCUCUAGCAGUUAGAUGUGGAUUUCACAAAUAUUUUCGACAUCUAUCUCCGGGCUUAAGCGUUGUUAUAAAUCGUUUUGUUAGAAUUCAGGAAGAAAACGGACAUUCCAUUAGUGAGGAGUAUUAUUUAAUUGGAGAAGAAAAAUGCGAAGAGGCAGAAGAUGUAGAAGUACCAAAGGCAUUGGGUGAUGUUUUUGAAUCACUAGCUGGUGCAAUUUAUUUAGACAGUGGAAUGUCUUUGGAUGCGGUAUGGAGUGUAUAUUAUGUCAUCAUGAAAAAUGAAAUUGAACAAUUCAGUACUAAUGUUCCUAAAUCUCCAAUUCGUGAAUUAUUGGAAUUAGAGCCCGAAACGGCUAAAUUUGGCAAGCCAGAAAAAUUGGCCGACGGACGUAGGGUUAGAGUUACAGUAGACGUUUUUGGCAAAGGAUCAUUCAAAGGAAUCGGAAGGAAUUACAGAAUUGCAAAAUGUACUGCAGCGAAAUGUGCUCUGAAGAAAUUAAAACAAAUGCAAAAUUAUCCGAGAGAUAAAGUAUGACAACGCAUGCAUUAUUAAAAUAAGAUUAGAAUAUAAAUUUAUCAGCGUCUAUACAUUAACAAUUUUCAUAUUUUCAAUUUAAUAUAGAAACAUAGGCUUAUAAAAUUGUGUUGGACAAAACAUUGUUGUUAAUACAUUUACUAGAGUACAUAUGUCAUUAAACUGUAAAUAUCUAAAACAAUAACGACACCAUAAAAAGUACUUAAAAGUUAAAAAAAUCAUUUUAAAUAUUAUAUUGUAAUGUAUGUGAUGUUCAGAGUUGAAUGUGUUGCACACUUGAAUUAGUAUAGUUAAGCCAAGUUGAACAGAAAGUAAUGAAUUCAUGUUAAUACUUAAAGGACCGCCUCUCAGCAUUGAAACACGAGAAAUCUCGUGAGCGAUCGUUUAAGUGUUAAUACAAACUACCAAUAAUUCUGUUGCUCAAAGUGGACUGUACAAAAGCUGGUGAAUACGAGCCUAUUAGGGAAGAUGACAAUCUCCAAAGUAUAGAAUUUUUUAAUUUGUUUCUAAAGUACAGAUUAUAUUAGAGUCGUCUAUGUUAAAAUACGAUUUCUUUUAUUCUGCUAAACAAUUAAAAAUAAAUAAUAAAGAUGCACAAUUUUUAAAAAAUUCACGUGACGCGAAAACGCUCUCUGAUUGGCUGAUGCAUCAGUGACGUCAGAAGGCAUAUAAAGUACCGCUAUACCACGCUACACCUACACCCAAUUAUACUCCAAAUAUUAUUUGUUAUUUAUUAUUAUUUGCUUCAUAUACUGAAGUAAAAUGGUUGAACCGGGAUUCGUGAAAGCUGAUUCAACAAAUUUACCCAACAUCGAUGUGUUUAUGUGGUUAUGAUGAUAGGUGCAAUGCAGCUGAGAUACGAUUAGUGAAAGCAUCAUUCUUUUAAUACGCUCAAAAAUAUUGUCAAUAUAAAUCUAGUCGGGAAAGUUACGGAGACAGUACAAUAGGUUACGUUUGAUUACGGAGAGAGUCGUCUAUGUGCACAAUAAAAGGAAAAAUAUGUCUAGAGCACCGAGUAAAAAGUAAAAGAUAUGCAGUAACUUUGGUGGUAAACGAAGCAGAUGAAAGUAUACAAGAAGUAAAUUGUGAAGAUUGUGCUGCAUCACAAGGUAAUAUCCUAUAUUUCUUCUUAAAACAGUAAGUUAUGUAUUGUCAGACACGUUAACAUUGUUUGUAUUAAUAUCUGUAAAAAUGUUGUAUGGUAUAUAAUAUAUAACUGUCUUUCUUCUUUUAGGAGGAUGUAAUUUGCAAUCCAGAAAAUACUUUUCUGAAUUUAAACUAUUGUUUCUCAAUUAAAAAAUAUAUAAAUCUUUUUUAGAUAACCGGUAUAUGUUUGACAGCUCGAUCCGUAUCCUUUGGCGGUCGCGAUAAGACUGAUUAGAUUUGACCUCUCCACAGGUCGCGCGUGUACCGGCGCGCGGCGCGCGCAAUCAAGUGUGACGUUCCGCUUCACCGGUUCCGCAGAUUUAACUAUUUCUAUCUAAUAUUUGUUAAUAUUUGUUAAA